UUAAAUAUAAUUAUUUUUAUUAUGUAAAUUAGGUUUUAAAAUUUAUGUCUAAAUUGUUUUUAAAGGCCCUAGGCCUUUCCGAUAAAACUUUAUCGCAAUCUGUGUUAAAUCUGUUACAAAAUGUCAAUACCACUACUAUAGAACUAGAUGAUGGGUUUGUCCUUGUUGAUCACUAUGGAGAUAAAGGAGUUCGAAAAACAAUGGAGGACGAGUGUUUAGUUUGUGAUUCCUUGAGGUCGAAAUUCCCAGAUUUACCUGAAGAAUACGAUUUUGGAGUUUGCGGUUUAUUUGAUGGCCAUGGUGGUAGGAAAACUGUUGUUUUCGUCAAGGAAAAUCUUUUAAGUGAGAUUGCCUCUCAGCUGAUUUCACAUUUGAACAUGAAAAACGAAUCUGGGAAUGAAGAGGAAUUUGAAAUCACUUUUAAAAAGGCCGUUAAUGAUGCCUGUCGACGUUUAGAUUCUAGGAUUGCCAAUGAGGUUCCUGGCUGUACGGAUGGUUGCACUGCUCUCGUUUUGUUUUUCGGAAAGAAAACAGUGUGUAUUUUAAAUUUGGGUGAUUCUGCUGCGUAUCUAUGUAAAAAAGUUGACAGCAUUCUUCACGCAAUACCCUUAAAUGACAUUCAUAAACCAUGGUCUCAACGUGAGAAGGCUCGGAUUUUGCACUAUCAAGGCACUAUUGAGGGUGGCAGAGUCAACGGACUUCUUGAAGUAACUCGUUCCUUUGGGGAUUUACAGCUUAAGAAGUACGGAGUUUUAUGUGUUGGGACUUUCCGGAAAGUAGACCUUGAUUUCUCCAAGGACGAGCUCAUUCUCCUUGCUUGUGACGGGUUUUGGGGAUUAUUUGACCCUAUCGACGCCUGUAGGAAGAUUCUUGAUAUGGUCGUUAAGGAGGAGAUGAGGGCGUCUGUAACUCCACAUUUACCAUUCCCACAACUCAAAAAAGUGUGUAAGGAUUUGGUGGAUGUAGCCAUAAACGUCAGAAGAUCUCAGGAUAACGUAACUGUUAUGGUCCUUAGAUUUAAAAGGAAGAAUUAAUUUUUCUUUAUACACUAAUACUAUAUAUUAUAUG